CAGUUCUCCUUCAUCCCGAACCUGAAAAGAAUGGCUGUAAUAUCCGGUUUGCUUUCAAUUUCUAACGGGAAAGGUCGGUGCGUCUCCGUAGAAGCCAGACGCAGCAGGAGCGCGAAGGGAUAGGCGAGAGCAGCUGAGAGCUUGCCCCUGACCGCAGCGCCCGCCCUAGGUUACCAUGGCAUCUGGACCCAUCAUGACAGCCCCCAUUUGCCUGAUAAAAAAUGAGGAAGAGGAGCUGGUGGUGAAUCCAAACGCACUAGAGAUUCUUGACAAUAUAUCUCAGCCUGUGGUGGUGGUGGGCAUUGCAGGGAUGUCUCGGACAGGAAAAUCCUACCUGAUGAACCGCCUGGCAGGACAGAACCAUGGUUUCCACAUGAACUCCACAAUAAGAUGUGAAACCAAGGGCAUCUGGAUGUGGUGUGUGCCCCACUCCUCCAAGAAGAACCACAUCCUCGUCCUUCUAGACACCGAGGGCCUAGGGGAUGUGAAAAAAGCCAAUCCUAAGAAUGACUCCUGGAUCUUUGCCCUGACUGUGCUUCUGAGCAGCACCUUGGUCUACAACAGCAUGGGCACCAUCAACCACCAGGCCCUGGAGCAGCUGCACUACGUGACUGAACUAACACAGCUAAUCAGGGCAAAAUCCUCAACACCUGAUGAAGUAGAGGAUUCCAUUGAGUUUGUGAGUUUCUUUCCGGACUUUGUUUGGAUUGUUCGGGAUUUCACUCUGGAGUUGAAGAUAGAUGAAUCCUCAAUCACUGAAGAUGAGUACCUGGAGGAUGCCUUGAAGCUGAUUCCAGGAACAAAUCCCAAAAUCCAAAAUUCCAACAUGCCGAGAGAGUGUAUCAGACAGUUCUUUCCAAAACGGAAAUGCUUCAUCUUUGACCGGCCUACGAAUGACAAAAAUCUCUUAGUCCAUAUUGAGAACGUGCCAGAAGACCAGCUGGACAGUAGUUUCCGGGAGCAAUCAGACAAAUUCUGUACCUAUAUUUUCACUCAUACAAAGACCAAGACCCUACGAGAGGGAAUCAUUGUUACUGGGAACCGGCUGGGGACUCUGUUGAAUGCUUAUGUGCAUGCCAUCAAGAAGGGAGAAGUUCCUUGCUUGGAGAACGUGGUGACAAUUCUAGCCCAGUGUGAGAACUCAGUGGCCGUGCAGAAGGCAGCCGACCACUACAGUGAGCAGAUGGCCCAGAGAGUGAGGUUCCCCACAGACACGCUCCAGGAGCUGCUGGAUGUGCAUACGCAGUGUGAGAGGGAAGCCAUUGCAAUCUUCAUGGAGCAUUCCUUCAAGGAUGACCAGCGAGAGUUCCAGAAAAAGCUUGUGGACACCAUAGAGAAAAAGAAGGAUGUUUUCCUCGUGCAUAAUGAAAAUGCAUCUUUCAAAUAUUGUCAGGCUGCAAUGGAGCAGAUUUCAGAGCCUCUGAUCAAAAGCAUUUCAGAAGGAACUUUCUCUGUUUCUGGAGGAUAUGGUCUGUACUUAAAAGCAAAAAGAAAUGUUGAACUUCGUUAUAAACAGGUGCCCAGGAAAGGAGUUAAGGCAAAUGAGAUCCUCCAGAACUUCCUAGAGUCACAGGAAGCAACAGAGGAAUCCAUCAUGCAUACAGACAGAGCCCUCACUGCUGGGGACAUGGCCAAAGCAGUGGAGCAGGCCAAAAGGGAGGCCUCUGAGAAGGUACAGGAACAGCAAAAACAGAAAGAAAUCGAACUACAGCAAAGAAUGGAGGCUCAAGAGAGAAGCUUCAAGGAAAACCUAAGCCAGCUGGAAGAAAAGAUAAAGAGGGAAAAAGAAGAUUUUCAGGAAAUGCAGGAAAGGAUGUUGAAACAUUAUCUGAAGGUCCAAGAUGAAUUGCUUACUGAAAGAUUUGGAAAGAAAGCUGAGGAGUUGAAUAAGGAAAUAAAUAGACUACAAGAAGAGAUUGAAAAAAACAAAAAAUCUGAUCCACUAUUGAUUUCAAAGGCGAUUGAUGUGGCUGGGAAUGUAUUAAUUGUGGCACUACCUGAAAUGCUUAAGUUAUUCCAUCAAAGGAAGAAAAUUUUCAAUGAAAAAAAUUAAAUAGGCUUAGAUUUCUUGUUAAGGAUAUUAUAAAGUGAGGCUUCUUUUGUUGUAAUAGUGUAAUACUAUGCUCACUUUUUAAAUAAUGUGUCGUGCCACUUUCAUACAACAAAAGUUUAAAAAUAAAAAGUGAUUACAAAAAGCAUCAGCUUAUGACAUACAGAAGAUAAACUUAAUUUUGACUGAAUGAAUUAAUUUAAUGAAAUGGGAACCAAGUUGGAAAAUACUAUAGAAGAAAAAGCUAAAUUUGUAAUGCCAUUGUAACAAAAUAAUUCUGAAUAAGAUUAUAAAGACAUUUUAAAAUUCACAUAGAGACAUAUUUCAAGUGUUACUGAAAAAUGCAAAACUAUAAAAUGAACCAAAGUAAAUAAGACAUAUAUGGUG